AUGGGCGCGCUACUUCAGUUCCUGUUGACGACGGUGUUCGUCGCGUUCGUUUUCUCUCAAAAUGAUUUGCAAGAAGAAUUUCCACCGGGAUGGACGGAAAAAUGCAUAGGAUGCAUGUGCGAAGCGUCUUCUGGAUGCAAUCAAACACUCGAAUGCAUGGAACAAAACGAAGUUAAAUAUUGCGGUGUGUUCUUGUUGAGCGACGUUUAUUGGCAAGACGCCGGUACGCCCGUGCUUCAAGGAGAUGACCCUAGCCGAAUCGGAGCGUUCGAGAGGUGCGUCAGAGACCCGUAUUGCGCAGCGAGAGCUGUAAAUCAGUACAUACAGAGAUACGCAAAGGAUUGCAAUAAGGAUCGCGUUCUGUCAUGUGAUGAUUAUGUUCGAUUACAUUAUUUCGGAGAGGCAAAUUGUGAAAGACCAAUCUCAUCACUUCCAUACUAUAGAGUUUUUAGAAAUUGUAUUUCAUCUUAA